AGUAUGACUGAGUGUGACAAAAGAGAGAAAUCCAACAAAAACUAAAUGUUUUAAAAUUUUGAGUCUUUUUUUCGGUUUUGCUAUAUCACAGUAUUAUUCAAUGCCUGACCCCAGCAGAAGGAACUGGAAAACGUAGUUUGUAGAAUUAAUGUUUGCCUGCUAACUAUGAAUAUUCAGUGAUUUAUGAUGUUAGCAGAUAUAGAACCUGACGUGUGUACUCUAAACAUUAGGGAUGUAUCAUCAAUGUUAGUAUUUGACAACACAAAACCUCCUAUUCUUACUAGUUUUAUAUUUUCUCUGAACUUGACCAAGGAUUAUUUUUUCUUAUCUCAGCUUCUUGGGUUAUCCUCUUCAAAGAAAAUUCUUGUGACUUGCAGAGGUUUAGAAAAGAUUACCCUUGACUAAAACGAGUUCUUCAAAAAGGGAAAAAUUCUGUGCAGAUCUCUUCCAUUUGACGUUGCUAAACUUAAGUACAAUAAUGUCACAUGCACUUAUACAGUAAUUGUGGGCACGCCUAAGUCCCUCCCUCUUUCCUAAACCAAAUUCCCCAGAUCCUAGAAAUCCAGCCCUUCUGCCCUCCCGGAGGCGCCUUUCCCAACGUAAAGUACAAUUUAAAAUUUAAGCUCCUUACUAAAUAAUGAUUCUGUAGUCAAGUGCUAGGGGAUCUGGGCACUCCAUUGCCUCCGGAGGGUGCAGCAGGGUGUAGGCAAGGGCAGGGGGAGUGGGCGAAGCUGCUGGUUGGUGCCUGAAAUCUGUGCGUUGCCCCUUUAAUUGUGUCCCCAGCCCUCGGGCGUUUCUGUCCAACGCCCACGUCAGCAAAUACCUUUUGUUUCUCUCACGUUGGGGCUACUUGUUUUAGGGCGCAAAGGAACGGCUUCAAAAGGGGGUAUUUCCCCUGCCGGGAACCGGGAAUCUUCCCCCAGCCCGCGCGCGCGCCCCGCCGGUGCGCCGCGGCCCGCGGAAAAGCCUUCAUAUACAGACUGUGUUUAACUUGGAAUCUUCCCCUUUUUACUCCAUUCAAUCGACUUAGCAGGGUUUCAAGAGCAGCAUUUAUAAAUUCCCAGAAUGGAGAUCUCCUCUCAUCAGUCUCACCUCCUCCAACAACUGAAUGAGCAGCGCAGGCAAGAUGUAUUUUGUGAUUGCAAUAUUCUGGUUGAAGGAAAAGUCUUCAAAGCCCAUCGGAAUGUAUUAUUUGCUAGUAGCGGCUACUUUAAAAUGCUUCUUUCGCAGACUUCCAAGGAAACAAGUCAGCCGACCACCGCGACGUUUCAGGCUUUCUCUCCCGACACUUUUACCGUCAUCCUGGACUUCGUCUACUCUGGUAGGCUCUCUCUCACGGGUCAGAAUGUCAUAGAAGUGAUGUCAGCUGCUAGCUUCCUUCAGAUGACUGAUGUCAUCAGCGUUUGUAAGACCUUUAUUAAAUCUUCGCUCGACAUCAGCGAAAAAGAAAAAGAUCGCUAUUUCAGCCUCUCCGAUAAAGAUGCCAGUUCUAAUGGUAUAGAACGUUCCUCUUUUUAUAGCGGUGGUUGGCAAGAUGAAAGCAGUUCUCCACGCUCUCACCUGAGCCCCGAUCAAGGGACGGGUAUAAUAAGUGGGAAAUCUUGGAGUAAGUAUAAUUACCAUCCAGCCCCCCAAAGGAAUACUCAGCAGCCUCUGGCCAAGCAUGAACAAAGGAAAGAGUCCAUGAAAAAGUCCAAACAUUUGAGGUUGUCACAGCCUUCUGAAACAACUCAGUAUAAGUCAAGCAAACGAGAAGCUCGAACAUCUGAUUCUUCCAGCCACAUUUCCCAGUCUGAAGAACAGGCACAGAUGGAUGUGGAAAUGGACUCUACUCCUGUUGGCUAUCAGUACGGUCAAGGAGCUGAUGUCACAUCAAGAAGUUUUCCAGAUGACCUGCCCAGGAUGAGGUUCAAGUGCCCGUAUUGCACACAUGUGGUGAAGCGGAAGGCAGACCUCAAGCGGCACCUUCGUUGUCACACAGGAGAAAGGCCUUACCCCUGUCAAGCUUGUGGGAAAAGAUUUAGCCGGCUAGACCAUCUAAGUAGCCAUUUUCGAACAAUUCACCAGGCAUGCAAACUCAUCUGCAGAAAAUGCAAACGCCAUGUGACUGAUCUAACAGGUCAAGUGGUGCAGGAAGGAACCAGGCGCUACAGACUCUGUAAUGAGUGCCUUGCUGAAGUUGGCAUAGACAGCCUCCCCAUUGAUUUGGAAGCUGAACAGCAUCUUAUGUCCCCAUCAGAUGGAGAUAAGGAUUCCAGAUGGCACUUGGGAGAAGAUGAGAAUAGAUCAUACGUGGAGAUUGUAGAGGAUGGGUCUGCUGAUCUGGUCAUACAACAGGUUGAUGAUAGUGAAGAAGAAGAAGAGAAGGAAAUAAAGCCCAACAUCAGGUAGCUGAAGGUGAACCAACAGAGGUGGCAUGUCUGCAACUUACAUUAACUUCCGUUUCUCUCUCUUUCCGUGGUCAGAGUCUGGUGAACAGAUCAUCAGACUGACCUAAAAGUAAUGACCUGAUAUCAUCUGCAUGCUUUCUGAACAGGCCAUUGUAUUCAUUCUGAACCUUGAUGCCCUAAAAUCUGUUGCUGCACUGGAAAGAAAGACCUAGCUUGAGUUGGCAUGAUGGAUGAACAAUUAAUCCUCUUACUUUUAUUACAGAGAUACCUUUUUUUUUAACAUUGGAAGAUCGACUUAGCAAAUUUUUUUCAAAGAAAAUAUUUUAAAUAAAUUCACCACAAUCAAACUUUAUAUAAAUAAUUUCAAGGUGUUUCAAAAACAUGUAAACUACCAAUAUUGAAUUUUCACAGGGUACCGGGUAAGAGCACAUUAAAGGGUCUGGCAGCCUAUCUGACUAAACAAAUUAGUCUUUCCAUUAACUUCAGAUCUAAAACGACCUAUCAUUAUUCCCAUAUCCUACAUGUUUUAACAUUAUGGCGGAAGACAAAUCUAAAAUUGUUGAAAUCGUUCAUAUUUGAAAUUUUUGUCAUUAAGUUAAAAAAUCACUCUUAUGUAGUCAGUAUUUAAAAAAAAAAAAGAAAGAAAGGGAGUUCCCAUCAUGGCGCAGUGGAAACAAAUCCGACUAGGAACCAUGAGGUUUCGGGUUCGAUCCCUGGCCUCGCUCAGUGGGUCAAGGAUCCGGCGUUGCCGUGAGCUGUGGUAUAGGUUUCGGAUGCGGCCCAGAUCUGGCGUGGCUGUGGCUGUGGCGUAGGCUGGCAGCUGUAGCUCAGAUUAGACCCCUAGUCUGGGAACCUCCAUAUGCUGCUCGUGCGGCCCUAAAAUGACAAAAAAAAAAAAAAAAAAAAAAAAAAAGCCAAAAAUAGAGGCUGACCAGAUAUUAUAUACAGACCUCAUUUUUUUAAAGGAGUAAACUAAUACUGUCAAGGUUGUUUUUGAAGAUCUGUCAAUAUACAGUGCUCUUCCUCUCUAAAAGAAAACUGGAGGUUCUUACCAGUUUUUAAUAGUAAUUUCUAACAUUUCUAUACUGCUAUAUUAUUUAUAAAGUGCUCUCUCACACAUUUUCCCACCAAUCAGCAGAAUAAAGAUCAUUCUGUCUGAUUUACAAAUGAGGAAAUUAAGGUUAGGAAGUUUAAGUGGUGGGGCUGGUGAGGGGACAGGUUUUGGUUUUAAAUCAUCCUCUUUCAACUGUUUCUUCCUGUAUUGUCUCCUGAAAUGGCCAAGGAAUGAAGUUAAACCUCACCAAUCUGCAAUAAUUAUAAAAAGAAGCCUAUCAGAUUUAGAGUGUAUGAAAAAAGAAGAUUUAGAAAGUAUGAAAGAAGAGGAAUUUAAUUAUCUCCAACAGCAUAUAAUAUCUUGAACUAGAGAUAUUCAAAUAGUGCUAAGUCAUGUCCCUAUAGUAUCUAUUGACAUGUUUUAUAUUGUUAUUUAUAUGUAAAUUUUAUAUAUAAAACUAUUUGAUGAUAUUAUUCUCUUAAGUUCUUUAAGCAUUUUUGCUUAGCUUGUCUAUAUCAUUUUUCAAAACAAUCUUUCUACUAGGAUACAAAGUUCAAACUUCUCCCAUAUAUGAAUUAUGAAACAUUCCAAAGUUAAGUCAAAUUGGAGAAGCUUUAUUUUAGUUCUAAAGAUAAAAUCUAAAUACUAGAAGUAAGGAACUGACCUUCAUAAAGGUCUUAGGAAGUUAUCACCAUUAAGCCUGUUUUAAUUUAAUUUUCAUAGAGAGGCUCCAUGUAUUACCUGCCAUGACAUACCUCAAAAUAUUUUAUGUUAUUAUUUUCUCUUAUUUAACUAGUGAUUGUCCUUGAUACCAAUUUGUGGGCUAAAAUGGUUAAUUUCUUUAAAUUUUCUUUAUAAAUAGAUGAAUAACCACUUUGUUUUAUGGUACUUAAUUCUGAGAUUUUUUUUCAAGAUUCCCUUAAGGGUAAAUUUCCAGUUACUUUAAAAUUGGGAGUUCCCUUCGUGGCUCAGUGGUUAAUGAGCCCGACUAGGAUCCAUGAGGAUGUAUCUUUGAUUCUUGGCCUUGCUCAGUGGCUUAAGGAUCCAGUGUUGCCGUGAGCUAUAGUGUAGGUCGCAGACUCGGCUUAGAUCCUGUGUUGCUGUGGCUGUGGCAUCAGCCGGCAGCUGCAGCUCUGAUUCAACCCUUAGCCUAGAAACCUCAUAUGCCUCGGGUGCGGCCCUAAAAAGCAAACAAAACAAAGCAAAACAAAGACAGACUGGAUAGUGUGCAUUGAGUUCAUUGUCUCCCAACAUGACCAUUCCUGAAUCAGGAGUCUUAACAAUUAAAUUGCACCAAAUGGAGUUCCCAUCAUGGCUCAGCAGAAACGAAUCUGAUUAGCAACCAUGAGGGUGAGAGUUUGAUUCCUGGCCUCGUUCAGUGGGCUAAGGAUCCAGCCUUGCUGUGAGAUGUGUGGGUCUCAGACCCAGCCCAGAUUCUGUGCUGCUGUGGCUGUGGUGUAGGCUAGCAGCUACAGCUCCAAUUCAACUCCUAGCUUGGGAACCUCCAUAAGCCACAGGUGUGGCCCUAAAAAAAUAAAGACCAAAAAAAAAAA